UGGCACAGCGGGGCUGGGAGACGGUGGGCGUGGAGAGGGCUGCGGCCCGAGCAGGCGGGGUUGGGGUGGGGCCGGAGUGGGAUCUGAGUGGUGGCUGACAGGCCUACCAACUGAGUUAGGGUCAGCUGGACUCGGAGCGGAGCGAAGAGGUCCAGUUGGUCCCAGGGCCCGAGGAAGAUGAACCCCCUAGAGUCGGAGAAGACGGUGGAACUGUUGCUGGGGCAGGAGGCGAAGCUGGCGUCCGUGACCAGCACGUCUUGCUGCGUUCGGAAGUACUGCAGCACCCCCAGCAUGGAGCGCUGGCGGGGCCGGCUGGCGCUGGUGACGGGUGCCUCCGCCGGCAUCGGGGCGGCUGUGGCCCGGGCCCUGGUGCAACGCGGGCUGAAGGUGCUGGGGUGCGCCCGCACCGUGAGCAACAUCGAGACACUGGCUGCUGAAUGUAAGAGUGCUGGCUACCCUGGGACUCUGCUCCCCUACAAAUGUGACCUGUCCAAUGAAGAGGACAUUCUAUCCAUGUUCUCAGCUGUCCGAAAUCAGCACAACGGUGUGGAUAUCUGCAUCAAUAAUGCUGGCCUGGCCCGGCCUGAGCCCCUACUCAGUGGCCACACCAGCGGCUGGAAAGAUAUGCUGAAUGUGAAUGUAUUGGCGGUCAGUAUCUGUACCCGGGAGGCAUACCAAUCCAUGAAGGAGAGGAAUGUGGAUGAUGGACACAUUAUCAACAUCAACAGCAUGUCUGGUCACCAUGUGGUACCCCAGUCUGUGGUACAUUUCUACAGUGCAACCAAGUAUGCCAUUACUGCACUGACCGAGGGACUUCGGCAGGAACUUCGAGAGGCCAACACCCACAUCCGAGCCACAUGCAUCUCCCCUGGGGUGGUGGAGACAGGAUUCGCCUUCAAACUUCAUGACCAGGACCCUGUGAAAGCAGCUGAGACCUACGAGCACAUGAAGUGUCUCAAACCUGAGGAUGUAGCUGAAGCCGUCAUCUUUGUCCUCAGCACCCCACCACAUGUCCAGAUUGGAGACAUCCAGAUGAGGCCAACGGAACAGGUGACAUAGCAUCUGGUUGGGAGCCGAGCCUGGGGGAUGGACCCUUACUGCCUGGCUCCUAAAUCUGGAUUGUAGGUGUUAAUUUUUGAACCCUGGACUCGACCUCCUUCUUCUGCCCCCAGGACUAAAAAAAAAAAUUUUUUUUUUGGUAAUCUCAAAUUGUUUCAUAUACAGAUAUGACUUACAGAUGAAAACUGGGUGGUUGGGUUCCUGUCUAUUCUACUUCUUAAUUUGUUACCCAAUAUUCCUUAUUUGGGGUUCAUUGGUCUUUUUCCUCCUACUUUAUCUCCUUUCCUUCUUGGGAAGGAGGCCAAGAUCAGAAGCAGUAUUUACUAUUCUUUCUCUUUAUUCUACCUCCUCUUAUGGUCAGGAAUCAGGUCCUCAUCUGUGGCUCCAGACUUCCUUCCUUUCUCCUGUAUCUAUUUCCUUUCUUCCUACUAAUCUUUUUUCCAUUCUAUCUGAUUCUGGGCUCUGGAGGGAUUAUUCCACUCUGGUCACAGCAGCAAUCUCCCAAGAAGUUUUUCACUUCUAGAAUUAAAAGAGAAAAAAACAAA